AUGGGUACGCUGAUCGAUCGAUUUGAAGAGCAUGAUGGUCCAGUUCGCGGUAUUGAUUUCCACAAGACUCAGCCGCUCUUUGUUUCUGGUGGAGACGACUACAAAAUCAAAGUCUGGUCUUACCAGACGAGAAGAUGCCUGUUCACCCUUAACGGCCAUCUUGAUUAUGUGCGAACGGUCUUCUUCCAUCACGAACUGCCGUGGAUCUUGUCUGCAUCAGAUGACCAGACAAUCCGCAUCUGGAAUUGGCAGAACCGCUCAUUAAUAUGUACCAUGACAGGACAUAACCACUACGCAAUGUGUGCACAGUUCCAUCCCAAAGAAGACCUUGUCGUUUCAGCUUCGCUCGAUCAGUCUGUUCGAGUGUGGGACAUUUCAGGCCUACGAAAGAAACAAUCUGCGCCCACCUCAAUGACAUUUGAAGACCAAAUGGCCCGAGCCAACCAGCAGCAGGCUGAUAUGUUUGGCAACACCGAUGCAGUGGUCAAAUUUGUUCUAGAGGGACAUGACCGCGGUGUCAACUGGGUAGCUUUCCACCCAACACUGCCCCUGAUCGUGUCCGCUGGCGAUGAUCGGCUCGUGAAGCUGUGGAGAAUGAGUGAGACCAAAGCAUGGGAGGUGGACACAUGUCGUGGCCAUUUCCAAAAUGCAUCUGCAUGUCUGUUCCAUCCCCACCAGGAUCUCAUUUUAUCUGUCGGAGAGGACAAGACGGUCAGGGUGUGGGAUCUUAACAAGCGAACAUCUGUGCAGUCCUUUAAAAGAGAGAACGAUCGUUUCUGGGUUAUUGCGGCUCAUCCAGAGAUCAAUCUUUUUGCUGCUGGCCACGACAACGGAGUCAUGGUCUUCAAGCUCGAACGAGAGAGGCCCGCUUCCUCGGUAUAUCAAAACCAAUUGUUCUAUAUCACCAAAGACAAGCAUGUGCGCUCCUAUGACUUCAGCAAAAGUAUCGAAUCCCCUUCUCUACUAUCUCUUAGGAAGUUUGGCAGCUUGUGGGUACCACCACGCACUUUAUCAUACAACCCUGCUGAAAGAUCUAUUUUGGUCACUUCACCGACAGAUAGUGGCACUUAUGAGCUUAUUGGUCUGCCACGCGACGCAACCGGAGCCUCCGAUCCUACCGACCUCAAACGUGGAGCUGGAAACGCUGCGGUUUUUGUGGCAAGGAAUCGAUUCGCAGUAUUCUCCACGGCCACCCAAUUAGUCGAGAUUAAGGACUUGAGCAAUUCCACUACCAAGUCUUUCAAAGCACCGCCCGGUACUACUGACAUCACCUAUGGUGGGACCGGAGCUCUGCUUCUCAUCACUCCUACUACAGUCGCGCUCUAUGACAUCCAGCAGAAGAAGCAACUAGCCGAGUUAAGCGUCAAUGGGGUCAAAUACGUGACUUGGUCGAAUGACGGACUUUAUGCGGCUCUACUUAGCAAACACAAUGUCACUAUCGUGAACAAAUCUCUCGAACAAGUCAGUACUCUCCAUGAGACGAUAAGGAUUAAAAGCGCCACGUGGGACGAUUCUGGGGUUCUGUUAUAUUCGACUCUCAAUCAUAUCAAGUACACUCUGCUGAACGGGGACAAUGGUAUUGUGAGAACAUUGGACCAGACGGUAUAUCUUGUCAAAGUGAAGGGCCGCAAUGUCUAUUGUCUGGACCGAGCAGCGAAGCCGAAAGUGCUCAGCAUUGAUCCUACCGAGUACCGGUUCAAGCUAGCCUUGGUCAAGCGUAAUUACGACGAAAUGCUUCAAAUAAUCAAGACUUCAAGUCUUGUUGGACAGAGCAUUAUCUCAUAUUUGCAGAAAAAGGGCUAUCCUGAGAUUGCUCUUCAAUUUGUUCAAGACCCGCAAACCCGAUUUGAAUUGGCGAUUGAAUGUGGCAAUCUUGAGGUCGCAACAGAAAUGGCCAAAGAGCUUGACCGCCCAAAGGUCUGGACACGUCUCGGCGCAGAGGCCUUGCUUCAUGGCAACCAUCAAACGGUUGAAAUGACAUAUCAGAAACUUCGACAUUUCGACAAGCUUUCUUUCCUGUAUCUUUGCACAGGCGACGAGGAAAAACUUAUCAGAAUGUCCAAGAUCGCGGAACAUCGAGGGGACUUCACCUCUCGCUUCCAAAACGCUCUCUAUCUUGGUGAUGUGGAGAGUAGGAUCCAAAUGUUCAAAGAGAUUGACUUAUAUCCACUUGCUUAUCUUACAGCCAAAUCCAACGGCUUGGUGGAGGAAUGCGAGUCUAUCCUCGAACUAAGCGGCUUGACGGAAGAUCAAAUUUCACUACCAACAAUUGGUCAGAGUCUGAAUACUCCAAAAUCUGUUGUGCCCACUUUCAAGACUAACUGGCCCGUGAAAGAAGCAUCACACUCUUCGUUCGAGAAAGCCCUUCUUGGCGAAGUAGGAGUUGCAGCUGAUGAAGAACCCGGCUCUGAUCUACUGAAUGAAGACUUACCCGCUGCAGCCGAGAAAAAUGGGCUCGCGGUUGAAGACGAGGCUGAUGCUGGCGAAGGUUGGGACAUGGGCGAUGAUAUGGGGCUUGAUACGGCCGGCAACGAUUCAGACUUCGUCAACGUGGACAACCCUGAUGCAAGUGUUGACGCAGCUGGGCCUGGCAGCUCGGAGGCCGAUAUUUGGUCUCGCAACUCACCGCUUGCCGCUGACCAUGUCGCUGCCGGCUCCUUCGAUAGUGCGAUGCUGUUACUAAACCGCCAAAUCGGUGCAGUCAACUUUGCACCUCUGAAACCACGAUUCUUGGAAAUCUAUCAAGCAUCCAAAACUUACCUACCCGCAACCACUGGGCUGCCUCCGAUUUUGAACUACGUCCGGCGGGCACCGGAUGAGACGGACAGUCGAAAAUUGCUGCCUUUUAUUCCACAAAGUCUUGAGACUCUUUCGACUGUCGACUUACAGGAGGGAUACACUGCCAUGAGGACGAAUAAGCUCGAAAGUGGUGUGGUGGUAUUCAGAAAUAUUCUUCAGUCCCUCUUGGUAAAUGUGGUCAGCUCACAGGCCCAAGUGGAUGAAGCCAAAGCCUUGAUCACGAAAUCCGCGGAAUAUGCCCUUGCCAUGACUAUUGAACUUGAGCGGCGUCGCCUAGCGGCAGCGGGUAGCGAUUCGGAGGAGCACUUAAAGAGGCAGCUAGAACUGUCUGCGUACUUUACCGUGCCGAAACUGGAUGUCUCUCAUCGACAACUUGCUCUGAUGGCAGCAAUGAAGCUUGCCUUUUCGAGCAAACAAUUUUCAAGCGCCUUGUCGUUCGCGAACCGUGUCCUUGCCAAUGGAGGAGCGGCCAAAUUGGUCGAUCAGGCAAAGAAAGUCAAGCAACAGGCCGAACGAUCCGGGUCCAGUGACAAGCUUGACAUUGAAUACGACCAGUUUGCUGAUUUCGACGUGUGUGCUGCAUCAUACACCCCGAUAUAUAGCGGUGUUCAGAGCGUGUCCUGCCCAUUCGAUGGGUCGAAGUACCACAGCCAAUACAAGGGUAAGGUGUGCAGUAUUUGUGAGGUCUGCGAAGUGGGUGCCGCGGCCAGUGGGUUGAGGCUAUGGGUGAAAGGAUUGUAA